AUGGUAAGGGCACUCGGCUGCUCAGGGCUUAUUGCCCUGCUGGGGCUUAUUGAUAAGAACAAGCGGAGCAGCAGUGAUGGCAAGAGGACACUGAGAGAAUGCCGGUGCGCGGCCCGGCCCAUUGGUGCUGCCAGGGCGGACUUGUUGAAGAAGACUGCUGGCCGUGUGGAAUUGGCUGUGUGUCAGAGUCUGCACCAGAGGCUAAGAAUGUUGCACACAAGGAUUCUGGAGCAAAUCCCUAAACAUGCAGCAUAUAGGAAUUCUACAGAACAGGUUACAAGGGAGAAGCUGGAUAUGGUUAAAGUGGAACCAGAUGUUAAAAAAACCAGAAGACCAACUUCAGGGGGGCUGAAUAGAAGAGGUGUUCUUCAGGCUGAAAAUGGACUAAGUCUGGCGGGAAAAUUGAUACAGCGAGAGCCAUGGGAGCCUUUAGCAGAAGAGCCCCCUGCCAGCCAAGGGCAGUGGCCAAUAUAAUCAUCAUCAAAUGGCUUGUGUUCCCAUACAUAGUUGAUGGGAAACUAUGUAAUUAAAUGUUCUAUUAUAUCAAAAAUGUUUCCAUAUUAUUGACAUCUUAUAAUCAAGAAAGUUGAUGCAGAACAUAUUUAGGAGACUUAUUUAAACUGAUGAUUAUGGUAAUAGGCACUUGUGAACUAGUUUUGUUAAAGCAUUCAUUUAAAUUAUUUCUAGAUGGUAUUUUUUUAAAUAGAGGUUCUGGGAAGAUUUGAGAGUUAAUUAGAAAAAUUCCUAUAUGUUGCAAUGGAGAGGCCAUAUUCAAAAAGGGAAAUAUUUUUAGUAGUAUCUUCAACACAUUUAAUUUUUUUGUUGUUUAAUAAAUAAUUUGUUUAUUA